GUGAGGGUGAAGGAAGCCCGAGGCUGCUCCCGAAUCUUUAGCUCGUGUGAAAGCUACGAACUGCCUCGUCUUCAUUCGGGUUUCACCAUGUGGGAGCCGACCCACCCUGUUCCCUAGUGAGGACGCAGCCCCGGGGGGCUGGAUCCUGACCACAGAGCUCUGCGUGAUGGGUUCUGGUUUAACAUUUGUUUUGCAGCUUCUAUUUCACACACGCUGGUUUCUUGCCAAGGGAAAAGUGGUGUGUGUGCGUGUUUUUUUUUUUUCUUCUUUCUUCCUCCAAGCCCAGGGCCCUUACUAGUUUCCUUGUCAAAACUUCCUGAGUUGGUUCCCAGCCCCCUUCCUGCUCCCUCCCCCUCACACUGAAUGGCCCCUCCCCGCCAGAGCCUCCUCUGACCCACAGACUCAGUGCCCACCCUGCCCCGAGCAGGAGACCAGACCCAAACCCAAAAGAGGGCUCGUUGCUUCUUUUUUUUCCUGGAGAGGGAAAUAAACUCUCCCUUGCCAAUUUUUUUAUUCCCCCCGCCCCAAAUUCUUUCAGCUGCUUCCCACGGCCCGUCUGCUCCCUGCUAGAGGAUUUCUUGGGAGGCUGCCGUGAGAGAUACCUUGCCCAGGACAGAAGAAAGGAUGAAGCUGCACGCGGUCCUUCUGCUGGGGCUGCAGAUGCACCUGGCGACCCCUCUCAACCCCAGCGACCCCAAUGUUUGCAGCUAUUGGGAAAGCUUCACCACGGCGACGAAGGAGUCCUACGCUCACCCCUAUGCUCAGGCCUCCAAGGACUCGUGUGAUGGAACCUGGAGUUUCCUCAAGCCGUGCACCCAGCACAAGAUUGUGUACAAGACAGCGUACCGGCAGGCAGUGAAAAUUGACUACCGGAAGAGGUACCGCUGUUGCCAGGGCUACUACGAGAGCGCAGAUGUUUGUGUCCCCAGUUGUACCAAGGAGUGCGUCCACGGGAGGUGCGUGGCUCCCGACCAGUGCCAGUGCGAACAGGGAUGGAGGGGCACAGACUGCUCCAGCGUGUGUGAUGCCCGGUCCUGGGGGCCCCGCUGCGAGAACGCUUGCCAGUGCGGCGAUGGGGGAGCUUGUGACCCCCUCACUGGAGCCUGUGUCUGCUUGCCCGGGUACAAGGAUCCCGUGUGCAAAGACCCCUGCGACCCACGCACCUACGGGAAGGGCUGCCAGCUGGAUUGCCCCUGCAAGAACGGGGCCAAGUGCCAUCGAGAGACCGGGGCAUGUCUGUGCCAGCCGGGAUUCACAGGCGCCUACUGCGAGCUCCUGUGCCUCAAUGGCUCGGACGGGCUGCAUUGCCCGGCUCACUGCCCCUGCCAGAACGGGGGCAUCUGCCACCCCCCAAACACCACCCGCUGCGUCUGUCCUCCAGGAUGGAUGGGCGCCAUCUGCUCCGUCCCGUGCCCCCAAGGGUGGUACGGCUCAGGCUGCCUGGGGGAGUGCCAAUGCCACAACAAAGGGGUGUGCGACCCAGUCACUGGGCGUUGCCAGUGCGCUCUGGGCUACACCGGAGAGCGGUGCCGGGAGGAGUGCCCCAUCGGCAAAUACGGCCAGGACUGCGGCCAGCCAUGCGACUGUGCCAACGGGGGCCGCUGCUUCCAUAUCAACGGGGCUUGCCUGUGUGAGGCCGGCUUCCUCGGGACGCGCUGCGAGGAGCGCAAGUGCCUGGACGGCCUCUAUGGCUUGGCCUGCCACCUGCCCUGCCUCUGCAGCCCCCAGCACAGCCAAAGCUGCCACCCCAUGAGCGGAGAAUGCACCUGCAAACCGGGCUGGGCGGGCCUGCACUGCAACGAGACCUGCCCCCACGGAUACUAUGGGGCCAACUGCCAGGAGCCCUGCCUCUGUCUGAACGGAGGGACGUGUGAUGGCACCACGGGGCUCUGCCACUGUGCCCCAGGGUACACGGGGGAGCAUUGCUCCAGCCACUGCCCUGCCGACACCUACGGGGUGAACUGCUCCAUGCAGUGCGCCUGCAAGAACGCCUUUGCCUGCUCCCCCAUUGAUGGCACCUGCGUCUGCAAAGAAGGUUGGCACGGAGGGGAUUGUUCCAGCCCCUGCCCCACCGGCACCUGGGGCCUUGGGUGCAACGAGACCUGCCGGUGCACCAACGGUGCCGCCUGCAGCCCUGUCAGCGGGGUGUGCUCCUGCGCUGCUGGCUGGCAUGGCAGCCGGUGCCAGGAGCCGUGCGCGAACGGUGCCUACGGACCCGGCUGCAGCAGUCUCUGUGACUGCAGCCACGCGGACGGCUGCUCCCCCGUCACGGGACAGUGCCGCUGCCUGCCGGGAUGGACAGGGCCCCGCUGCAACCUGGUCUGUGACGACGGCUUCUGGGGGCGGAACUGCAGCCAGCCUUGCGUCUGCAAGAACGGAGCUGCCUGCUCCUCGGAGGACGGGAGCUGCAGCUGCACGCCCGGGUACCGCGGCCCCGCCUGCCAGCGCCCCUGCCAGCCCGGGCGUUACGGCAAGAAGUGCGCAAUGUCCUGCCGUUGCUCCAACCACUCCACCUGCCACCUCGUGGAUGGCUCCUGCGACUGCUUCCCCGGGUGGACAGGCAGUGACUGCUCACAGCCCUGCCCGCCCGGCACGUGGGGAGAGGCCUGCAGCCAUACCUGCCGGUGCCCAAACGGAGGCCUGUGCAACACCGUGGAUGGGACCUGCUCUUGUCCGGCCGGCUUGACCGGCAGACGCUGCUCGGAAGGCUGCCCCCUGGGGCGCUAUGGGGAGAACUGUGCCCAGGCAUGCCAGUGCCAGGACAAGGCUCAGUGCGACCCGGCGACCGGGAGAUGUCUGUGCCCCUCCGGGUACACCGGCACCCACUGUGAAACCAAGUGUCCCCCUGGCACCUUUGGACCCAGGUGCCUCCAGGUCUGUGAGUGUCUCCACAACUCCACCUGCCACCACGUGACGGGGAGCUGCCAGUGCGAGCCGGGCAGGAGCGGGGCCCAGUGUGAGAAAUGGAGCCCCGAGCACCCCUUCACCAUGGUGCCAGCGGUGCCGGUGGGGUACAGCUCCCUGGGGGCGAUCAUUGGCAUCAUCGUCCUGGUGAUCCUGCUUCUGGCGCUGCUGGUGUUUUUCCUGUGCUACCGGCACUGGCAGAAGGGCAAAGAGAACAGACACCUGGCCGUGGCCUACACCACGGGGCGGACGGACAGCUCGGAGUACGCGGUGCCAGACGUCCCACCCAGCUACACCCACUACUACUCCAAUCCAAGCUACCACACCCUGUCGCGGUGCGUGCCGACCUCCCCGGCCCCCAACAGCCAGGACAGGGCGAGCUCCCUCAAGGUGCCCUGCAACCAGCACUUCUCCAGCAUAAAGACCGUGGCCUACGGACCGGACUGUAACGCCUCGCUGCCUGCUGACUGGAAGCACCACGGGGCGCCAGCGCUGAAGCAUCGCGAGCGGGGGGGCGGCCCCAUGGACCGCAGCUACAGCUACAGCAACAGCCUGGGGAAGUACUACGGCAAUGACUACAUCAAGGAGGAGGCUCUACGCGCCAGCAACAGCUCGCUGAACAGUGAGAACCCCUACGCCACCAUCAAGGACCUGCCCGAGCUCAUGGCCAAGCCCUCGGAGGGCAGCUACAUGGAGAUGAAGUCCCCUGUGAAGCGAGAAAUGUCCUACGCUGAGAUCGGGCUCUUUGAGGAGCCAGCCGCCGGCUCCAGGGCAGAAGAGAGUUGCCCCCCGGGGGCAGAAGGUGUCUCUCCAGCAGCCCCCAGCGUCCCCCCCAACCACUAUGACUCCCCCAAGAACAGUCACAUCCCCAGUCACUACGACAUGCCACCGGUCCGGCACUACCCCCCAUCCCCGCCACUCCGGAGGCAGGACCGGUGAGGAGCCACGGGGCGCUGUCUCUCUGUGUUCGUCCAUCCUCCCCAUCCUCUCUGUCCACCCUUCCCAGGGAAAGUUGGAGGACUAGCUCCGAAUCCCAGCAGGUGGAGAGCCAUGGCAGGACCGUGGAUGGCCAUUUACCAGCACCCCCCUGGAUUCACCCAGAGCCUCUGUCUUUGCUUGUACAAUGCAACAGCCGCUAAGGACUAGGGAAGGGGGGAGUCGGACCCCUUGACCCAGCCGCUUGGGGUUGAAUAUAGCUCAUCGCCUUCCCCCAGGCGAGGAUUCAGAGUCUGUGACGUUCACAUAGAAUCAUAGACUUUAAGGUCAGAAGGGACCAUUUUGAUUGUCUAGUCUGACCUCCUGCACAACGCAGGCCACAGAAUCUCACCCACCCACAUCUGGAUCCUGAGCCUCCCGCAUGCCGCAGGGAUGUGGAUCUUGGUGGGGUGGUGUUGGAAUGGGGGCACAUUGCAAAAUCGUGUUGCUCCUGCCUCAGCUGCGGCAUCCCACUUGCCCCACCGUGUUCGCCCCACCCCCCAUGGGUGUUUGUCUUCAGGGUGGGGUCCCCAGUCAAGCCAUCGGCAGGCGUGUUCUGCCCCAAGGGCACAGCUUUGCACUAGGGGGAGGACUGAUCCGGAGGAGAAGCCUGCCUCGGUGGAGCUGAUGUGAACGGGACACCACAGUGCUGGGGGGCGGAACGGCAGGUGUUCCAGUGAGCCCCCACAAAGGGACUGAUAACCCAGCAGGGCAGCUGCAGACACUGGACCGCUGCGCCCUGCUGACACAGACUAAACACCCCAAGACCAGCCCUGCUGCAGCCCCAGGAGAGACAUGGCUGGGAAGUGAGACGCCACCGAAUUCGGCUCCCAAUCCGGAUUCCAGCCUGUGGAGGGGGACUGGAUCUGGGCUUUUGGCUUGGCCUCGCUUUGCAUCUAGACUCAGCUUCCAAACACCUGCCUCAUUUCAUCCCGCCAUGAGCCCCGCUGGAGAUGGGCCGUAGAGGAUGUUUGCGCUGUUAGGGGAAGUUGGUAGCUCUGAAUCCAAGCUUCCCUACCAUUCAACCCCCCCCACAACGGUCCCACCACUGUGAAGCUGCUGAGGGUUCAGCGCACCCCUUCCCAUCACAGCAUACCACCCCACCUUGUGCAAUAUACCGGCCUAAUGUGUCUCCCCCUAGCAGCCAGCCCCAGCAGCUGUAACAGCCUGCUACUUAACUUACCUGCAGCAAUGGGAGCUCCUCCUUGGCUCAGGUGAGAGAGGCCAGGGCUGAGCUCCAGGGCUGGAGUCUCUCUGCACAUGGUCUCGGUUUAUGACACCUCCAGGUAGAGCAGACUAGCCCAGCAGGCUGAACUUGGCCUAAGGGACAUAGCUGGGUUUCCUUCCCUUUCUGCUCUGGGGGAGAGCUGGGAUCUGUAGCCCGAUUGAUACAGCUCCAGUGUGCAUGUAAAUAAAGAUGUUUGUGUUUGUUUUUUAA